AUGUCGGAUGAAACACUCUAUGAAGCAAAAAGAGAAAUAGCAGAGUCACUGAUUCUCAACACUUUUUGUAUGAAACGCAUUGGAAUUUCUUUUGAAUGCCCUAAAAGUAGUUUGGCUAAGUUGCGUCAGAAGUUUGUGUUCGUCUUGUCUACGUGGGCCAUUUGCUAUCACGUGUUUAGCGAGAUUGCAUUUAUUGGAUUAACUUUAGCCAAAGAGCCUCGUGUGGAAGACGUUGUUCCACUUUUUCAUACUUUUGGCUACGGUGCCCUUAGUAUCGCUAAAUUGUUCGUCUUGUGGUACAAAAAAGACGUGUUCAAACAACUUAUUUACGAGCUGGCAGGGUACUUCGCUUUAAACAUUUUAGGCGUUUUGUUCUACAGCCUGACGCCAAUGGGUAUCUAUUUCUACCGGAGGUGGCAAGGAAUGGACGUACAGAUGGGUUACGUAUGGGUUUCUUGGUACCCUUUCGACAAACAUGAAACUUAUGCGCAUGUUGCUGUUUAUAUUUUUGAGAUGUUUGCCGGACAAACAAGCGUUUUUAUUAUGGUAAGCACAGACUUGCUGUUCUCCGGCAUGGCCAGCCACAUCGGUUUAUUAUUGAGGCUUUUACAACGACGACUAGAAUCUUUCGCGAUAGCAGACCAAACAGAACAAGAGCAGUUUGAGGAAAUCAAGGCUAUUAUCAAGUUGCACCAAAGACUUAUCAGAUACUCUAAUGAUUUAGAAGGCGCAUUUUCACUAUCGAACCUAGUAAAUGUGGUAAUUAGCUCUGUCAACAUCUGCUGUGUCGUAUUCGUCAUUGUGGUAAGUGUAUUGUAUACUUAUACCUUGUACGAAUUAACAUGAUACCUGAAUGACUAUUCUAUUAGUGCUAGAACGAAAAUUCGGAAAAUUUCCAAUCAUUCUUAUAAUAUUGUAAAAAUCAUAUCCGUGAAUAUUAUCUAUAUAUCAGAGGCAUUAUCAAGUCUUACCUCAAUAGUAGCAUAAAUUAUAAUGUAAUAAUAAUUAAAACAAUUAUAAUAAUUAUCAAAAUAUACAUUUCUUUGGAGUUGUAUUAGCCUUUCAAAAAUAGACAACAUUUCGUUUUUGGAGAAAUAGGAUAGAUUUUCAGCUAUCACCUUAAUUCGUACGAAUACAGGUAAUGUAAAUAAUCAUAAUAAUCAACAAAGGAAAGGUAAAUGAAUAUUUGUGGACCUACUGGAACCAUUUCUGAAUGUUAGCAACAAAUUGUUUCUAGGCUCCGCGCUCAUUCAAAUCGGAACGUUGUGUUGGUAUGCUGAUGAAAUCUUUCAUGCGAGCGUGCAAUUGUCAACGGCAGCUUACAAUAGUGGUUGGUAUCGCACCAGUCCCCGUUGCCGUCGCGCAUUAAUAUUCCUUUUACAAAGAUCCUGACGAGGUCUUAUUCGUAUUUCACAUUAUUGUACACUAUGUACAAAAAAUAGUAAAUUAAUUUUUAAUACAAGCAUCGCAUCAAUUUCACACAAAUAUACCGGG